AUGAAUUACACCGCUGGAUCAAGUCUUAUACUCGGUGGCCACUUGGUCUCGCCUUACUUCUUCAAUCUGAACAUGUGCUUUAUCGGGAAAGAGCAUCUAGAGCUCGCUAGUUUCCACCCCAAUCCAGCGAUUGUUGAUCUGAUAGUGAACUCAUUGAUCGAUCGCAGAAAGCGGUUACAGGCUCUAGCAGUGGUACAUCUGCCAAGAGAAGUUAUAGGUCAUUUGAACAUUGGAUCUGAUACGCUCUUAAACGUACAUGCUUAUGAAGUAUACACUCUACUUUCAACGGUCUCUGUGGAUCUGAGAAAUCUUUUGGAGUGUCGUACGUGGUCAGUCUUUGACUCUUUUGGGGUCAAUCUUGAACUGGCCGACCGGCUAUACGAUGCCGGCUUCAGAGACCUGAAUGUAAAAGACAAGGAUCACGAAACUUGCCUGACAAAAUUGUGGCAAGCCACGCCACCUUGCACACUGGAAAAAUUCCUCCAAAAGGCUUACUGGCUCAUCAGCAAAGGUGCUAACGUCCAUCACAAAGGUCCAGCUGGGUCCACUCUGCAUAUUCUGGGGAACAGUGUUGGAUCUGUUCUAUCGUGGAACGAUCAAGAGACGGAAUUUCAUUUGGAGAUUCAGUCUCUGAGCGAUAGCUCGAAGGCCUUGCUGAGAAUAAUUCUAUUCGACAAUAUCCGAGAUGACUGUCAGUGUGCAUGUUCUCUGAAAGGGUGCUCUCCGCUCACGGCUUUUCUCGGCGGGCUUUUCUCUAAAUGGACGUGCAGUGAUUCCAAGGACCUCAUUCGGAUGCUCACAGAAUUAUUGACCAUUGUGCUCGAUAAAUACGACGCUGUGUCUCUCGAGUGCUACAAAACCCACUUGAGCUCAGGCAUACUUCAAUUCAUCACAUUCCGGAGCCUGGAACUCACUCAUACUUGCUUGCAUGAGUAUAGAAAAAUCGAGCUGGAGGAAAUAAAGGAGAUUCACGACGAAGAGAAAUUACUAAUAUUGGAUCUGAUGAGCCUGUUAAAACAAUUCUCUGAGGAAAUCGAGAGGCACAACUUGCAACUUCCGAGUUUUAUCACCGGCUCGUGGCAGACCCACAUGGAGUCAUUCCUGUCGUCGUCCGGAACCCAAAGCACACAGGAGAUCAGUCAAAUUCGAGAGACAGGAGUCAUUAUUGAUCAGCCGAUCUUUUCGCGUUAG